AUGAAUUUCACUGAAACUCUCGAAAAAAUACUAAAAGAAAAAGUAAAAGAGAACUCUGAUAAUCCCCUUUCGUGGCCUAAACUAUGCGCUUUUCUUUUAGUUCUAGAGCCAAAACGAACAACACCUUCCGCUGAAAUUACACUCCACCUUUAUGACUGUAUAAGCUCUUGUCUCCUAAAUCAAGCCAAUGAUAACGUCACUCAAAAAGCACAUUCUCGCUUCGAAAAAGGAAUACUUGAACGGCCUUUUUACCUUGCAUUAGCCGAAAUGCUUGAAACUUGCAUAAUUAAGAAUUUCGGAGAAUUCCCACAAAGUCUAAGGACGAGUAAACUGUUCAUGCUCGAAAUCAAAAAUUUAUCAAGAUUGGAGAAGAUUGAAAAAGAAAUGAAGCAUUUAUAUAAUACUGUGUUCAUCAAUGCUACAUAUCCCUUGAGUGAUGAACAAGAACAACAAUUCUCAAAAUUUUUAUUCGAGUUUUUAACCACUAAAGAUCUAAAUACAUUUUUGGGUCUUCGAACCACAGUUGGAUCAGCACCACAAUUGCCACCAUCAUUACAAGAAUGUCUUGAAUCCUUUACAAAAAUUUAUGUAAAAAAAUCGGCAAAGCCCAAAUUGAAAAGAUCCAAAACAGCAUCAUUCUCUGCCAAUAAUACACUUACUGUUGGUGCAAAAGCCCAUUCUAAACAUUUUCAUCGUGAUGUAUCUGAUGCUUUUUGGGGCACUUGCACUGGAACCGAGAAACAAAAAAAUGAACAAGCAAAUAGAGUAUUGGCGAAAAUCAUAACAAAUGCCGCUUGGAUAAAUUUACAUUCAUUACCAACAUUACAAAUCUCCAAUAACAUUGACAAUGAUCGCGCCUCAAUAAUUUUUCGUGGAUUCUUAGAACCGCAAAUGCCAGAUGGACACACUAAAGGAUGGGUUCAUUAA